CAGCUCUGCACUGGCACAGUUCAGGAAUACUUUGAGCUAGAUCAACGUAUUACCUUAACACACCAAAGAAUAGAACAUAUAAGACUGAACCAACGAAACGGAGAAACAGUAGACACAAACUAAUAGAAGAUAUCUAGAAGACGAAAUAGAAGAAAAACCUCAAGAUGUUCACCAAACUAGUCAUUCUCGCUGUGAUCGUCGUUGGAGCGAACUGCCGAUACCUGACAGUGGACGUGAUGCCGCAAAAAUACAUCGUGGACAGCGCGCUGAUACAAGAAAACGAUCUAGAAGAUCUUUACUCCGAACAGGAGUAUGAGAGCGUCAGGCCGGUCCACAUACGGCACAGAAGACAGGCUGGCAUGAUGAACACCAACCCUGAUGGCUCAGCCAACGUCAUGGCCAAAUUCCCCUUGGCUGGUAACGAUAAGAACAUCCUGAGUGCGAUUGGCGGAAUCAAUGGCGCUAAAGACGGUGGCUUCAAGGCCGGCUCAGCGGGAUUGGCUUUGGAUAAUGUCAACGGCCACGGUCUCUCGCUCACUGGCACCCACCUUCCCAACGUCGGCAACCAGCUGACCGGAGCUGGCAAGGUCAACAUGUUUCACAACGACAACCACGACCUCACCGCCAACGCGUUCGCAACCCGCACCUUCCCCAGCAACCCCGCUAUACCCAACUUCAACACCGUUGGUGGGAGCAUGGAUUAUAUGUACAAGAACAAAGUGGGUGGUUCCCUGGGCAUGUCCCACACGGACCUGUUCAAGCAGACCGACUACUCCGCCAUGGGCAAGCUCAACCUGUACCGCAACCCCACAUCGUCCCUGGACUUCAGCGCCGGUGCCAGCAAAUCCGUCUCCCCGUUCAUCCCGCGCAGCUCCUGGCAACCAUCAGCUGGGUUUUCCUUCACCAAGUAUUUUUAAGUUCUAGUCCGCCUAUUAAUAAAGCAAUUUUGUCAAGA